AUGGCCACAUGGGCGACCGCGGCGACCGCCACAAGCAUUCUCUUGGUGGGACGUCCCGGCAAUGAAUUUCCUUGCCAUGAAUGGUGGAUGUUGAUGGUCCGCCAUGCUGCCGCCUAUGGCGCUGCGGAUUCCAUGUGGUCGGCGAAGCAAUGCCCUGAGCUCUACGACAGCAAUGGCAUUUGGAAGGGCUCCUUGUUGGUAGAUGGGAGCCUUGGCUUCUAA